ACUAUAGUGCUAAAGUGCUUCGCUCUUUUCUCGGAUAAAUAUAUAUACAUACAGAUAUACAGGCACUACACACGACCACCAGCAACAGCGAACAGGGAAAGAGAGAGAAUUGAGAGAGAGAGAGAGAGAGAGAGAGAGAGAGAGAGAGAGAGAGAGAGAGAGAGAGAUAGAGAGAGACGAGAGUUGAGCUGUGAGCAGCAGCAUCAGGUACGGUACGGCCUGCCGCCGCUAGUGUGCGUGUUGUGAUAAUCUAACAUGGCGGAGUGUUGUGUUGUGGCUGUGCGUGUUCGAACGAGUGCCUCGUGAAAUUUCAACCCCUAAAUCCAAAUAGUGGUGGCUGCAACCUGGCAAAGAUUAGAGUCAUUUCCGAAGAGUAUCCGAAGUAUCAGCAGAUCCGAGAACGACCAACGGUGCGCGCCAUUUGAAGUUGUCGAAGAAGAAUAACGCGAAAGACUGCAUCAGGCAUCAGAGAUAGAGCUAUGCUCGCCGCGAGCGGCAACCCGUACGCUAUGACCUGACCGACGACUGCCAAAGUUCUUGCUCUCCUCGAUAUCCCAGCGAGCGGAUCGCUGAAUUUCUGUACAAUAAACAUAAAUAUAUAUCUGUUUAUAUAUAUAUAUAUAUAUAUAGUGCAUACACCUGUGCGUUUGUUUAUAAAACGUGAGUAGUGCUCGUAGCUCGAGCGAGAUAAGUAUAUGUAUCACAGAGUGUGUAUGCUUCGGCGGCGCAUAUAGUUGAUGGUUUGGUAGCGACGAGCGAGUAGCGGACUAGCGGUAGCCGCACGCCAAAGUAAUUCCUUCUCACCACCGCGAGGACCGUGUCUCUGCUGUCGUGAGUCGUCGUCGUUUCGCAGUCGCACGCAAGCACGGCGCCGCUCUGAUUCUCUCUUGAUCGUCGUCUUCGGCGGCGGCGGCGGCGGCGGCUGAUGGCUACACUAUACCUACAGAGUUAGGAGUCGGAGACAGUUUGCACUGCUCACAAACUAUAACUAUAUAGAAGAGUGUACCCUGUGUGCGAGUGUAUAACGUAUCUCUCGGCAACAGAAGAGAGGGAUCAAUCGCGCGGACAUCGUCGUCGGAGAAAGUUUGUACUCCCCGAGAGAGCGUCGUCUACGCGAAAAGGAAGAGAAGCCGGCUGGAUCAGAGCGCAUCGGCCACGCACACGCCGCGAGGGAAACGAAGCCGUUGUGUUGCUGCCGCCGCUAGAGUCGUCUCUCUCUCUCUCUCUCUCCUUUGCUCGGCUUUCCCGCGCGCGCACCGCUAGGGAGAGACGUGCCAUCGGAGAGCUCGGAGCUCGAGCAUCGCGAGUAGGAGAAGAAGAGAACAGGAGGAAUAAGGAACGACUGCGACGCGUUAGUGGCUCUCCCUCUCCGACUAUCUCUCUCGCACGACUCUCUGCAACGAGCUUAUGCAACGAGGCGCGUAAACAUUUUCGCGAGUGCGGUAAACAAAUAGAGAGAAAGAGAGAGAGUGCUGUGCAGGGCCUACCCACACGCCGACACACCUACACAGCUGAUUAAGGAAGAAAGGUCCGUUACACGCACGCUGCGCUGUAUUGCAAUUUCGGAGUCCGUUUCUAUCUCUCCCUCUCUCUGUGCGAGAGUAUCUGUGCUCGUUCUCACCGUCUGCAUCGCAAGGGCCACAGCAGCAGCAACCAGCAACUCGACGACGAAAGGCUAUACGCUACACGACGCGGUAUAAAUACACGGCGCUCGUUGUGUGUCUCUUUAUCGCGCGCGUGUGUGUGUGUGUGUGUGCGUGUGUGUGUGUGCGCGCGCGCGCGCGACGACGAUAACCUUGAAUUAUGAUUAGGUCUUAAUAUUUCAACGGACGCAGGACUCGACGCGACCAAGUUACUUCCUCAGAAGGAUUUUGCGACAUUUAUUCAUACAUAUCCACCGAUGAUUGGCUCAAGUGACUCUGAUGAAUAUGUGUUUUAUAAGAAUAAUUACAAGCUGCUACACUGAGAGAUAGAUAAGAAAAAGGUUGUGCUUUUUUCAUAUCCGAGACAUGAACUUGUGAUUGCUAGUUUCUACAUUGGUACGCUAGUUGCUGAGCUUCCCAUCAUGACAGACACACGCAGAAGAGUUAAGUUGUAUGCGUUAAAUGCAGACAGACAGUGGGACGAUCGUGGAACGGGGCAUGUGUCCUCGUCUUACAUCGAUAGGCUCAAGGGAACAUCACUGUUAGUCAGGGCCGAGAGUGAUGGAACUAUCUUGCUAGAGAGCAAAAUUCAGCCUGACACUGCCUAUCAAAAACAACAGGAUACUUUGAUUGUUUGGUCAGAAAGUGAUAAUUACGAUUUAGCUCUAAGUUUUCAAGAAAAAGCCGGAUGCGAUGAAAUAUGGGAGAAAAUAUGUCAGGUCCAAGGCAAAGAUCCCUCUGUGGAAAUCACCCAGGAUAUUGUCGAAGAAUCGGAAGACGAGCGAUUCGACGACAUGUCGGACUCCGCGCCACCCAUCGAACUGCCCGCCUGCGAACUCGGUCGCCUCGAAGAUAUAAACGAGCUCAUAGGAAACUGCCUUUCUUCUCCUAUGCGAAAAGAAAAGUUGGCAAUGGCCUUGGAAUCAGAGGGUUACAUUAGAAAAUUACUGAAUCUAUUUCAUACCUGUGAAGACUUAGGAAACAUGGAGGGACUGCAUCAUUUGUACGAUAUUUUUAAGAAUAUCUUUCUCCUAAAUAAGAAUGCCCUGUUCGAAGUAAUGUUCAGUGAUGACACGAUUUUUGACGUGGUCGGCUGCCUCGAAUACGAACCAACGUUGCCUCAGCCCAAGAAGCAUCGGCAGUACCUGCAACAGUUGGCCAAGUUCAAGCAGGCGAUCCCCAUCACGAAUGCCGAGCUAUUAGCCAAGAUCCAUCAGACUUACCGAGUCCAGUACAUCCAAGAUGUCGUGCUGCCGACGCCGAGUGUCUUCGAGGAUAACAUGCUCAGCACGCUAAGUAGCUUUAUCUUCUUCAACAAGGUCGAGAUCGUCACUCUCAUACAGGACGAUGAAAAGUUCCUCACAGAGCUGUUCCGCCAGCUUACCGACGAGAACACACCUGACAGCAAGAGGCGCGAUCUCGUGCUCUUCCUUAAGGAAUUCUGCAAUUUCUCCCAGAACUUACAGCCCCAGGGUAAAGAGGCUUUUUACAAGACUCUUACGGCGCUGGGCAUCUUGCCUGCCCUGGAAAUCACACUUAGCAUUAAUGACGCACAGACGAAAACCGCUAGCAUAGAUAUUUUGAACUACAUUGUUGAGUACUCGCCGAGCGUCAUCAGAGACUACACAUUGCAGCAGAUCAACAACACAGAACAGGAUCAGAUGCUCGUUAACGUCAUCGUCACCCAACUUAUCAACGAUAUCGAUCACGAAUUAGGUGGCGCGGUACAACUUGCUGGCAUCCUACGUCUGCUGCUUGAUCCGGAAAACAUGAUGGCCUCAGUUAACAAAUCGGAGAAGGCAGACUUCCUCAAUUACUUCUAUAAAAACAGCAUUGGCACGUUAAUCGCGCCUCUCCUAGCCAACACUAUCGGUGACAGGCCGGUACGUGAAGACUAUAGGACGGUUCAGCUGCUAGGCUUGAUUCUCGAACUACUGUCGUUUUGUGUCGAGCAUCACACCUAUCACAUCAAAAACUGCAUUUUGAACAAGGACCUCCUGCGGAAAAUACUCGUGCUGAUGAAGUCGACACACACGUUCCUUGUUCUCUGUGCGCUUAGGUUCAUGCGCAAGAUCAUUGCACUGAAGGACGAGUUCUACAACCGAUACAUUAUCAAGGGAAACCUCUUUGCACCCGUGUUCGACGCUUUCACCCGUAACAAUGGCCGCUACAAUCUCCUCGAUUCUGCUAUUCUCGAGAUGUUCGAGUUUAUCAAACUGGAGGACAUCAAAUCUCUUUGUUCGCACGUCGUGGAAAACUUUUCGAAAGAGCUGGAGGCGAUCGACUAUGUACAAACGUUUAAGGCCCUAAAACUGAGGUAUGAGCAGCAUCAAGACAAGUUAAAAGAUCGUGAUAGGGGAGCCCUUGACAGCGUACCGUCGAUACUCCGGAAUAGCCGGUAUCGCCGGGAUCAGCGCCAACUUGACGAAGAGGAGGAGAUGUGGUUUAACGAAGAGGAAGACUUUGAUGAGGGCGAGGCCGUCGUACCAGCAGCUACAGCUGACCUCGUGCCUCCUACUUCGGCGAAAAAGCAGCCGAGCUCACCCAACUCUGUCGCGGGUAGCGGCAUUGUCGAUAACCCAAAUAAAGACGGUAGCAGUCCGCCGCACCAGCAACAGCACUCGCCGCCUCAGCAACAACAGCAGACCAUUCUCAAUAACAACACAUCCAACAGCAACGUGUCGGCAGUAGUAGCAGCCGCGGUCACAACGACGACGGUCACGACGCAACAGCAGAUCAAUAGCGGUGUAAGCAGUACAAUCUCGGGGACGAAUGACCUACCCGUGGUCAGCGUUACCGCGGAAGCAAUGAACUCCAGCGCGACCAUCAGUGCCGUUGACAAAACUGGAUCUAACAUUUUUAAGAAGGGAUUGGUUGAUUAUGAAGGUGAUUCGGAUGAAGAAGACGAAGAGUCAGAACUGAGUCCAACGCCUAAACGGCAACGACUCUCAUAGUAGGCAAACUAUCCGUCAGUAGUAAGAGUGCUGUGACCAGAGGUGGGCAAAAUACUGUAUUUAAACAUAAAAAUACAAGCACUUUUAUGUAUUUAAAUAGAAAAUAUAAUACGUUACACGUAUUAAAAAUAAUUCGGACAGUAUAAAAAAAGGAUAAAAAGCAAAAAAUCUAAGUUACAAUGGUCAUUGUAGCAAAGAAAUUUUAAAUACAGUAUUUAAAUCCAAGUGUAUUUAAAGUACAUGACUAUUUUAAAUACAAACGUAUUUGAAAUACAUUUGUUUUUAAGCUUUUAUCGCGAAACGAAAAUAUGUACAUCAAGUUUUAAACCCACUGUUGGAUUUUGCAUAUCCUUUAAAUCCACUUGCAGCUAUCAACAUCAAUUGUAAUAACGAUUGUUGACAAUGUUCCAAAGUAACAAAAAUAGCCACGUUACAUUGAAAUUUUUUCAACAAAAAUUCUUUUUUGAGAUGAUUUUAUGCGAUCUCAUUUACCAUAUUUUCGACCACGGACAACUUUAUAAUUGAUAAGCUUGGUGUAUUGGACCAAGGGAAUACGACAGGGCACGAUCGUACGAGUGAACUCUUGAAUAACAUUCCUUUGUUUUCGAUGAUUCUUUUGAGAGAAUGUAACCUCAGUUCCGUCUUCCAUCUGCAGGGGCCUUACAGUGCAUAACAACGAAUCUAUCUUUUUUCUUUUAAUUUUUUUAUAUCCUCCUUAUUACAAUUUUCCUUUUAUUGCUACUUGUUUACUAUUAGAUUAUUUUAAUAAAUAGAUUGUAUAAUUAAUUGUUUCGCUUGUGAUUACAAACAAAUCUUCUUAUUGAAAUUCGAUCUAAUUGAUUUUUGGUAUUGAUAUUAGACACGUUACAUGAACCCCUGGAGUUGGAGGUUAAUAAUAUUGUACAGCAGAUGCGUUUUCACGUUGAAAAGAUUAAAAAGAAAGUUAUUUAUUGUUUGGAUGAUGUAACGUAUUUAUCUUUUGUAAUACUUUAUUGAUCAUAAAAUAUGUACACAAAAUUAUUAUAUAGAAAUCUUAUCUAAAUUGUUUUGUGAAAAGGGUCUCGAUUUUCCUGCUAAUUUUAUUCCAUCUAUUUUUUUAAGGGAAUCUGAAAGUAACUUCCAAUGAACUGAUACUAACUCAAACUAUUUUACAAUUUUGUAAGUACAAAUGUAUAAUUUUUAAAAAUACUUAAUUGCAAUGUUUGAAGCAAUUAUUUUAAUUACUUACUAAACGAAAUACAUGAUAUUUUCUUCCGAACUAAAUAAAAAGGAUUUAUACGAGUGAUAUAAUUGCUUUGAAUUUUGCCAUCAUACAAACAAAACUUUUGCAAUAAAGGCAUUAGUUUUUGAAAAUUGUAAAAUAGUUUCACAUGAUAUAUAGCUAUAGCUUUCUAACUUUCACAUUCCUUUAAUUUUUCAUACAUCCCUGCAACAAUUUUUUUUUUUUUUUUUUACUGAGGUGCCCUGCUUUAAUAUUUCCAGAUUAGCGCAGAAUUGAAGAUCGAAGGAAUCUUCAAUUAACUCGUGCGACGUGUGGGAAACAGGUGCAAGUUGAUUAGAUGAAUAACGAUCGAUUUGCUAUAUUGUCACAGGCAGAGGUGGGCAGCACAUUUUAUCGCGUGUACUUAAUUACUUUCAUAUAAAUCAUCAAGCAAAUUUAUACAAGUGCGGUAUACAAAUUAUUUGAGAAUUUUAUAAAUUGUAAAUUCUAUUUGCAUAGAAAUAAAAAGUGAACUAUUGUUAUUGAACGAUUGACAUUUUGCUUAUUUGGAUAUCAUGCAUACAUACAUACAUACAUACAUACAUAUAUAUAUAUAUAAAUACAUAUAUAGAUAAGUCUGAGUGACCAUUGUAACGUAUACAGAUGAAAAAAAUAUUAUAUGUGUAACGAAAUUAUUCAAAAGAAAAUGUAUGUUUGAUAAUCUGUAUUUUAAUACAUAAAGUUAUAUUUGUAUUCUGUAUUGAAAUACAGCAUUUUGCCCACCUCUGUGGUAAAUAAAGAAAAUUUUUAUUAGGGCUACAUCGUUAUGCUGGGUGCGAUGAAUGCAAGAAGAUAAGGAAAAGUGACGAAUGUACUAAAAGGUUCAAGCCGUAUAAUUUGAACUUCAAUGUGUAGUUUUUGAAUGCUACUCGGAGUACAUAUACUGAAUUUAAUGUGUAAUAAUGUAAUACGCGGAGUGUUUCGGACCUUCUACUUCUUUAUACAUACAUCAGAAUUAUAAAAUUUGAUGCUUCAGUGUUGGUAUGCUUUAUACACUACAUAUUGUAAAUAAAAUGUCCUAAAAAUUCCUAGCCCAUUAGGAAUGGAUAUCUUUCAUCGCCA